AUGCUGUCAGCACUGCUCGGCGUGGUUUUCCUUCUUUUCGUAACACCUAAUCUGGCAUUAGAAUCGACCCUCGUCCAGGUCGAGCACCUCAGAUCGGCACCGGCACCAUGGGCGAUCUCCCGCCCAGCAGACCCGGGACAGCGGUUCCAGCUGUCGAUCGCGCUGGACCGGAGCAGGCACGUUGAGGACAAGCUCUACGCCGUAUCCACGCCUGGUCACGAGAAUUACCGCAAGCAUCUCACAAGAGCUGAAGCUCAAGCGUUGCUAAGCCCGGACAGCGAGACCUAUGAGAAGGUCAGGAGCUGGCUCAUCCGCAAUGAUGUCAACCCUUCUGAUAUCAAGGGCGACAAGCAUUGGAUCCGGGUAACCACCACCGUGGAGACAGCUAACCACAUGCUGGAUUCCGAUUUCACCUGGUACAAGCAUAUGGGAAGUGGAAAAGAAGUGCUGAGGACGUUGAGAUACUCUCUGCCGCAGGAGAUGCAAGCCGAUAUCUCACUGAUCACCCCUACCACAAGAUUCUGUUCGCACCCGAUGAUGCAUCAGCCUGUAUCAUCCCACAGCGCUGAAUCCGAAGCUGAUACACAGCUCCCCGAGGAAUUGCGAAGGCUGAAGACGAGAGGCUUCGCCGGCGCAAAGCAGUUCUUGACUGAACAGAAAGCCGUCGCCCAAGUCGAUGCUUCGUGCAAUACCACGAUCACCCCGAGCUGUGUCCGUGCUCUGUACAACGUGCCAUCGAACUUGACUUUGAGCAAAGCCCGAGGCAUCGGUAUAUACUCUUCACAGAACCAGGUCCCAAAGUUCGCGGACUUUGCUCUCUUCGCCAAGACCGUUGACCCGACCGCACCGCCAACCAACUUCUCCUUCCUGAGCAUCAACAACGCCACCACCGACCAGAACCAGAACCAAUUCAGCAACCAGGAGCUCCAGUUCGACGUCCAAUACACCGCCACGCUAUCCAGUCCGAUACCAAACAUCGUGACCGCAGUGACCGGCGACGGGCCCAUCCAGCCAGAGCUCGGCAACGUCCCAGGAGACUCGACCGAGCCAUGGCUCAUCUGGCUUGACGCCAUGCUCGCCCUGCCGGACGACCAACUCCCUCACACCAUCACGACGUCGUUCGGCGAGAACGAGCAAUCCCUGCCAAACGGGUAUGUGCAGCAGAUCUGCAACCAGUUCGGCGCGCUGGGCGCCCGCGGCGUGACCAUGUUCGCGGCAAGCGGCGACAGCGGUCCUGGGAACGCGUGCGUGUCCAAUGACGGGACCAACAGCACGACCUUCAACGCCGUGUUCCCGGGGUCCUGUCCAUUCGUCACAGCCGUAGGGGGCACGCGCGGCACGACCCCGGAGCGCGCUCUAUUCUUCUCAUCAGGUGGCUUCUCGAACCGCUUCGCCAGGCCGGCCUACCAGGACCAGGCCGUGCCGGGGUAUCUGAGUGGGACGAUCAAGAACCAGUUCCAAGGUCUGUUUAAUGCGUCUGGCCGUGGAUUCCCGGACGUCAGCGCGCAGAGCUUCAACGCCACCUUUGCUGACCAGGGCAAGGUCCUGGUCGGCUUCGCUGGUACGAGUGCGGCAGCACCCAUCUGGGCGGGCAUGGUAGGGCAGGUCAACGCUGCUCUUAUUGCGCAGAACAAGGCACCCAUGGGAUUCAUCAAUCCGUGGCUGUACGGCGCUGGAUUGCCUGCGAUGAAUGAUGUGACCACUGGUGCGUCGGUUGGGUGCAACGGGAAGAGUGGAUUCGGCCAAACAUUACCCCCGGAACUUGGUGCGAAGAUCGUACCGAAUGCGAGUUGGCCAGCAGUUACAGGCUGGGAUGCUGUGACUGGUCUCGGGACACCGGAUGUGGGCAAAAUGUUGGCCCUAGCAAUGGCCUCCUAG